AGCUAGCAGAUAAGGCUGCGUCUGCAACAUGGUUGUCUUUGCGCUCUUCAUAAUAAGCAAGUCGGGCGGCCUCGUCUACAACCGCGAGUUUCAUACGGGCAUGAACAAGCUUACCAGCAAUGACUACCUUAUGCUUGCUGGGUCCUUCCAUGGCAUGCACGCCAUAACCGCCCAACUCUCUCCUGUCCCACCCGCUCGCCCACCCCCUCCCUCAACCACUACCCCAAAUCUGCAAACCUUCCCUGUCCGUGCUACCGGUAUCGAAGUACUCGAGAGCUCCCACUUCCGCAUCCAAUGCUUCCAAACACAAACCGGAGUAAAGUUUCUACUCUUCACCGAGCCGCAACAGCCAAACGUGGACACAAUGAUAAAGAAGAUAUACGAAUUGUAUGCCGACUAUGUAAUGAAGAAUCCAUUCUACACCGUGGAAAUGCCCAUCCGAUGCGACAAGUUCGAUCGAGGGUUGGAUGGAUUUGUGAAGGUGAGAGGGUGAGGGCAGCACAGUCUGCAAGACAGGACAUGACGAUCGCGGAAUGAGGGGCUGGCCAUGGCAUGUUGCCGUAAUAGAU